UCUAUGGGCCCUCUCACCCCAUGGGCCCCCACUAUCUAUAUCUACGCCCCUGCCUCUGAGUACAGGACUGAAACCACGUUGCUGUGUUGUGGUGCCGCCCACCUCUUAUUUAACCAGCUGUUCGGCUGCGUCGCAUGAUGAUGACGUGGCAGCUAACUUUCCCCGCUGCAGCUGCGAGCUGUUUGAACCGAAGAUAACUUUUACUCCUCAAAACAAAGCGUCAGCAGGAGAAGCUGCAGGGAUGACGGUGUCUGUGCGUGAGAUCUACGUCUCAUCGGAGCCUGACUCCUCCUACUUCCUGCGACUGGACUGGAGAGGGCAGGACUUAGGCUCAGGCUUCCAGUUGCUGCUGACUGACGGACAGGACGCCUGGAGAGGAGACGUGAGUGAGUCAGUGGUGUGUGAGGAGGCGGAGGAGCUGGAGAUGCAGACGGAGAGGUACAUCCAGGACCUCCAGCAGGCGCUGACCGAGACACAAAGCUCCGUCACUUACAGCUUCACCCUGACGCCGUCUCCACCCGACCACAGCUCCACCGUCACGCUGGCGUAUGAGAAGGUUCAGAAGGACAUCUCUUUCAGGUUGGGCUCUGUUUUGCUGAAGGCCAUCCCGGAGCCGGCGGAGGCAGUGAGAGAGUUACUGAUCCACAGCCUGCAGAGGGGAAACACACUGGAACACCACAACCAGAAACUGGAGGACGAGAACCAAAGACUGAGACGAGAACAGCAACGCAUCACUGCAGAACUGAAGCGCUAUGCUGGUGGUAAAGAAGCCUUGGAGGCAGAGCUGUACUCUCGCUUUGUUUUGGUCCUGAACGAGAAGAAAGCAAAGAUCCGCAGUCUGCAGGAAACUGUGACACACCUGCAGGAAACCAGUUCUGAGGGACAGAAAAAAGGGGGUUCAGAAAAGUCAGAGCGGACAGCAGGUCAGGAGGAAGAUGAUUAUGGAGGAAGUACUGAUGAGGAGUCAGAGGAAGCACACGCGACUGCAGCCUCCACUUCAUCGACACAGGGGCCGACCCCCCUGCAGGAUCCAGUAAGCAGCAGCAGACUCCCCCCCAGCGCUCCACAGAUGCUGCAGCAGCAAUUUCAGCAGAGGAGGACCUGUUUGAUGACUUUUGACCCUUCAAUUCCACACUGGUUCCACUGGUCUGUACAACGACAGAACAGUGGUAUAUUAUUUGGUAAAGGUGUCAUAUUUUUAUACUGGAGUUAUGUAUUAAGGUUCACGGAUCGCAGUAAAAUUAUUUCUAAGGAACUGAUCCGGUUACAAGGGAGAAAAACAAUGUGCUUCUGUAAGGUGUUUUUCUACGACAAGCCUCCAAAACAGCUUUACUUCACUUCACUCAUUUGGUGUUUUGAUGAUGCUGGUGUUCUCUUAGGUGUUCAACCACUUAAAGGAUCCCUAAAAUCUCAAGAACCACCUGAGGAUCCUAAAGUGACACCAAAACCACCAAAAUCAACCCUAGAAAGUCAUUAAGAAUCACUGCAAUGAUCUUAAGAUCCUGAUUGAGCCUCAGCAACACCUAAACAUUCUAACUGAUUGCUAGAACCCCUAAAAUCUCCUUCAGGCCCACUACAACCACCGAUAGGACACCUAGAACAUCCCAAAUGAUUGCAAGAACUACCUAGAAGAACUUACUACCUCCCGAAGGACUACUUAAACCAUAUAAAGGAACCCUAGAACCUCCUAAAGGACCCCUUGAACUGCCUAAAGGAAUGAAGAACAUCCUAAUGUGACGCUUCGACCACCUACAGAUUCCAAAGAAGUACUAGGACCACACCCUCAAACCACCUUAAUAAACCAGGACCUCUUAAAAGAUUGAAAGGAAACCUAGAUAUUAUGGAGGAUCGCUCAGGUUACGUAACGGAAGUGUGAAACAUCCUAUAGAUUGCUAGAACCACCUAAAGAAUUUUAAGGAUUGCAAGAACCACCUAAGGGAAUCCUAGAACAUCAUGAAGGUUUCCUUAAGUCACCAAUUGGAAGUGUAGAACAUUGUAAAUGACCACUAGAACCACCUUAAGAUCUCAAAGGAUUGCUAGAACCACCUUAGGUAAUCCUAGAACAUCAUGAAGGUGAUUGCCAGAAUCACCGAAAGAUGUUAAGGAUUGUUCGAAUCACCUAUAAAAAAUCUAGAACAUAACCCUAACCCUAAUGAAAGCGUAGAACAUUCUAAAUGAUCGCUAGAACAACCUUAAGAUCUUAAAGGGAUGCUAGAACCACCUACAGGAAUCAUAGAACAUCACAAUGGAUUGCUAGAGCCACCAAACAGAAGCCUAGAACAUCGUACAUGAUCGCUAGAACCACUUUAAGACCUUAAAGGAUUGCUAGAACCACCCUAAGGAAUCCUUGAACAUCAUGAAGCAUUCCUGGAGCCACUUCAUUUGAGUCUAGAACAUCCUAAGUCAUUGGUAGAACCACCUAAAAAUCUUCAAGGAUUGCCCAAACAAUCUAAGCAAACCUUACCAGAACCUAAAUGAUUGCUAUAGCCAUCUAAAGUAAAACUAGAACCUCAUAAAGGAUUGCUGCAACCACCUUAAGAUCAUAAAUGAUCACUACAACCACUUAAAGGAACACUAGAACAUUAUAAAUGAUCGUUAGAACCACAGUAAAAUCAUAGAGCAUCUCUAGAACCAGUUAAGGCAACCCUAACUAUUCCUGUAGGAUUUCCUGAACCACCUAGAAAAAUUAAAACCUCAUAAAGAAUCACUACAACCAUCUAAAGAUCCUAAAUGAUCCCUGGAAACACCUACAGAAACCCCAGAAUAUUCUAAAUGAUUGCUGGAAACGCCUAAAGGAACCCUUUAAAUCUCCUACACCUAGGACAUCCCAACUGAUCGCAACAACCACCUAAAUGAACCCCAGAAAAUCCCAUAGGCCCACUUGAACAGCCUAAAGGGAGACAUAGAACACCCUAACAGGUUGCUAGAACUUCUUCAAGAUCCUAAAGGAAUACUCAAAACACAUAAAAGAACGCCUAAAAUCUCCCUUAGGCCUUCCUAGCACAAUAGAUCUUAAAUGGUCCCAAGAACCACCUAAAGGAACCCCUAAAAUCUCCUUCAGGCCCACUAAGACCACCUGUGGGAUAUCUAGGACAUCCCAAGUAAUUGUCUGCCACCUAAAGGAACCCUACAGGAACCUGAACGAUUGCUAUAACCACCUAAAUUAACCCUAGAACCUUGUAAAGAAUUGCUGCAACCACGUUAAGAUCCUAAAUGAUUAGUAGAACCCAAUAAAUAUUCUGAAGGAUCUCUAGAAACACAGAAAGUGGCUCUUCUUCCUAAAGGAUUGCUAGAACCACCUAAACAACCCUAGAACCUCCAUGAUGUGGUGUCUUGGAAGGCCACAGUGAGCCUAAUGUCCUGUAUGGAAGAUUCCGCGUUCACUGUGUUUCUCCACUCAUUUAUUUCUUAACCCUGUCGCCUGUCUGAAGUUCUGCAGGAUUAUGGUGUAUUUUAAAAGCUGGGAAGAACUUUUAACUUUUGUAAUGUGCUUCAUGAACUGAAAAUGAAUUGUGAUUUUAAUAUUUGUAAUAAACAGUGUGAUCAUGUUAUUUUGUCAUAUAAA